AUGGAGAGAAGAAUGUUAGCUUUGGGAGUAAUGAUCAAGAAGCACUGUCCCAAGAAGGAGACUCUGGACCCUCGACACUGGAUGAGACAAGAGACUUUGAAGGAAUUUUCGGACUUUGUAAUGAAUAAAAACUCAGAGGAAGAGACAGACAACACCUUUGACAACAAAGAGAUGUUGCUUGAUGAAGAGAAGCAGUUUAUGGAGGCAGCUAGGAGGAAUGAUGUGGAGAAAAUGAAGACUCUUGGAAGGCGGUUAAAUGCUAAUGCGAAGAAUGUGCAUGAGAGGACUGCCCUCCACUAUGCAGUAGCUGGCAAACAUGUGGAAGCUGUUCAGCUCCUUCUACAACGCAGGGUCAAAGUAGAUCAAAGAGACAAGUAUGGGGUGGCACCCAUUCAUUUGGCUGCCUGGUUUGGCAGUUUGGAGAUCCUGAAAUUGUUAGUGAGGUCUGGGGCUGAACAGAAGAUUGAGAACGAGGAGGGACAGAACAUCAUGCACUGUGCUGCUAUCAACAACCACACAGAGAUUUUAGAGUACAUUGUUGAUGACCUGCAAAUGAAAGAACUAGACAAAGAUGACCAGUCAGGACAACGGGUGUUUGCAUUGGCAGCAGAGCAUGGCUGUGUUGAAAUGUUAAAUAUGCUAAUGGAACCACAUUACAACAUGGCCACCAUGAAGCCAAACAAGAGAGGGGACACGCCCCUGCACUUAGCUGCCAGGAAUGGCCAUUUGGACGCCGUCCAACUCCUGCUGCAGAGCUUUGAUACUCGGGAUGAAGUCAAUACGGAUGGUGAGACAGCUCUGUACCAGGCUGUAGACACUGGUGAAGAAGAAUGUGUCCUGGCCUUACUGGAGGGUGGCUGUAAACCUAACAUCCUAACAACGGCAAAAUGCAGUGUUCUCCAUCCAGUGUCUAAGAGAGGACACACAUCUCUGGUCCAAUUACUCUUAGAGUACAAUGCCCACACAGACUUUCAGAAUCACCAUCUUGAGGCUCCUCUCCACCUGGCAGUGAAGAACAGUCACAUCCCUGUCAUCCAUGCUCUACUGCAGGCUAAAUGCAACAUUAAUGUCACUGAUAAGCGGUCCCAGACUCCUAUGCAUCUUGCUGCAGAGAUAGCCAAAAUAGAAGUUGUGGAGAUGCUACUCAAAUCUGGGCUAGAUCUGACACUCAAGGACAGGCAGGGUAAGACGGCUCUGGGUAUAGCAGCCAGAGCGAAUGAGGUGAUCAUUGUGGACAUGAUCAUCAAAGCAGAAAGAUACUACACGUGGAAGGAGGCAAAUGCUGAGCUUAAUGAGAGUGUUCACAGCCAGUAUUCACUAACAUUCAAGCUUGACCACCGCCACGAGACCAAGCAGCUCCGUUCGAUGGCCUGGCGUCUGGCAUAUGAGCUUCUGAAGCCAGGAGACUGGAAACGACUGGCAGAACAGUGGAGCUUCACUAAAGCGCAAGUGUCGGCCAUCGAGGAGCAGUGGACAGGUCAGCACAGCUACCGAGAGCAUGGGAACAGGAUGCUGUUGAUCUGGCUCCACAGGGAGGAAUUGGCUCAGAAAAGCCCUGCUAAAGAACUCUACCAGGGCCUGAUCCUCGCAGGCAACAGGAAAGCAGCAGAUAAGAUUCGGAUGGAAACAGAAAAUAUCAGCAGUAAGAGUUGCAGUAUUUCAUGACAUAUUUAACAUAUGGACUGACACAAAAUGAACUUCAUGUUUACCUAAUUUUAUACUUCAUAUUUGUACAUCAAGUUAG